AUGCUGGUGGCCAGCGGGGAGCCCCUGCUCCGCCUCGCCGUCGCCCUCCUCCUGCUCCUGGGCGCCCCCGGCCCUGAGGGGGCCAGUUCUCUUCAGAAGAGGUUUGAGUAUAAGCUCAGCUUCAAAGGACCCAGGCUGGCGGCGCCCGGGGCUGCAAUACCCUUCUGGAGUCAUCAUGGAGGUGCCGUACUGGGCCCGGAAUAAGUGCGCCUGGCCCCGUCCACACAGAGCCUCAGUGGUGCCGUGUGGAGCAGGGCUCCUGUCCUCUUCUCAGCCUGGGAGGUUGAGGUGCAGAUGAGGGUGACGGGGCCGGGGCGCCUGGGAGCCCAGGGCAUGGCCGUGUGGUACACCCGGGACAAGGGCCAGGUGGGCUUGGCCCCAGGGCGGCCGACCUCGUGGGACGGCAUCGGGAUCCUCUACGACUCCUCAGCCGAGGACACCCAGCAGAGCCCCGUCAUCCGCGUGCUGGCCAGUGAUGGGCACACUCGCCUUGAGUCGCACGGGGACGGAGCCGGCGGCAAGCUGGGCUCCUGCCGCUGGGACUUCCGCAACCUGCCGUGCCCCUUCACGACACGGAUCACAUACUGGGGGCACAGGCUGCGUGUGUCCCUGAGCAGUGGCCUCACUCCCAGUGACCUAGAUGAGGUUUGCGUUGACACCGGGCCCCUGCUUUUGGCUCCUUGAGGUUUCUUUGGGGUCUCGGCAGCCACCAGCACCCUGGCAGAUGACCAUGACAUCCUGUCCUUCCUGACCUUCAGUCUGAGUGAGCCGGGUCCUAAGCCUCCCCGCCAGCCCCUUCUGGAGAUGGAGGAGUGCCGGCUGGCAAGGCAGCUGGAAGGGCUUCAGGCGAGGCUGGCCCUCGGUACCAGGGAGGACGUGAUGCCAAAGCUGAGCUCCAAAGUCCAGGAAGAAAGGGAGCGACGCUUUGGCCUGGAGGAGACGCUGGGCAGACAUCGCCAGAUCCUGCAGGCCCUCCAGGGUCUAUCCAAACAGUUGGCCCAGGCUGAGAGGCAAUGGAAGAUGCAGCUGGGGUCCCUGGGCCAUGCCAGGCCUGUCGGAGCCUGGGCCCAGAACUCCUCCUGCCAGGUUCUACCCACCCCGGGGAGGGGCAGUCACUUCUCCAGGCCUCUCAGCGAGACAGAGGCGCAGGUCUGCGCCCUGCUCCACAGACAGAGGACUCUGCUCCAGAACUUGCAAGAGAUAAGGGAUGCAGCUGCCCGCGUGGCCUCAAGAGCCCAGCUCUUCUAUCUGCCUGUGGGCACCAAGCAUCAUUUCUUAGAGCUGGCCCAGAUCCUGAGCCUCCUGCAGAAGGACAUUCAAAGCCCACUGAAAGCAGCAGCCAAGCCCCCCUGCUCACCUUGCCAAGCCCCGGGGGCCUCCUCGUGCCUGCAGCCUGGCAUCUUUCUGCUCUUCCUCCUCAUUCAGACUCUAGGCUUCUUUUGUUACGAGUACUUCAGGCGGGAGCUGGACAAGAGCCUUCAGGACUGUUUGUCCACAGGCAGCCAUCCAUGUCCUGCACCACACGUCCCUGGGGCCCUGGGGGUUCUGAGGAGGCAGCCUCUCUCCCCCAGUAUGCGUGCACGACUCACCUGAAAGCCCGGAAGGAGGUGGAUGGUGUCUAGGGGGGAGACAACUUGGCCAGUACCCUCUCCUUCUGGGUGCCCAGCUCCUGCUCACACCUUA